AUGACCGCCCCAAAGACCGAGCCGACGUCAGCGGUCUACCGCCGCUGCGCCGCGGCCGUCGAGAAGGCCAUCAAUGCCAUCCAGGAGAACCCAGCCCUCUACAGGGGCCGCACAGCAAGGAACAAGCUCGUCGAGCUCGCCGCCGCGGCGAAGCAACUCGAUAGACUGCUCGACGGCAACGGGAGCGACGACGAGGAUCAUUUUGGGGAGGCCUUCGCCGCGGCGGGCCUCGACAUGAAAGCCGCGGACGUCGACGCGCUCGCGGCCUGCGCGGCGGCGGCCGAUUGCGACGGUGGGGACGGCGCCGACGAGGUCGCCGAGGACACGGCGCCCGAGGCGACGCCGGAGACCGGCAAGGCCAAGCGCGCCGCCCCGACGAAGACCCAGAAGAACCGCCGGAACCGCCUGAAGAAGAAGGAGAAGAAGCGGGCGGCGCGCGCCGCCGCGGAGGAGGCGGAUCUCCCGCCCUGCCGCGAGAUCGACACGCCGCCGGAGGUCCUCGCGGCUCUGGAGGCCGCCGACCGCGCGGCGACGCCCGAGCCCACCCUGCCCGCGGACCCGUCGCUGUUCAAGCCCACCGCGUCCGCGGACCCCGCGCCGUCCAAGCCCGGUGGCACGUCGUCCUGGGGUCGCGGCUUCCUCGCGAUAGGUACAGUCGCGAAGACGGCGCCGCCGGACCUCGCGGCGAAGGAGAAGGCGCCGGACCUGCGCGACCCCUUCGCCUACAUCGCGUCGACGUGCGACGACGACCUGACGGCGCCGGCGCUGCACGACGCGCCCUCGCCGAAUUUCGACGGUCUGGUGAUUGAGGAGGUGACGCGGGAGGAGCUCGAGGGCCUCGAGUUACUCGAGUCGACGCGAUAA